AGCGGAUUUGGGCUCAAGGCUUGCGGGGGGAGGGGCCCAACGCUGGCAAUGGCCGCAGUAACUGAUGAGUCACGCGGCGAGGCGGCUGUGGGGGCCAUGCAGGAGGAGCCGGCCGAUGGCGAUAUGUCGAAUGCGGACGAGGGCAGCACCAUCAUACAUCUGCAGCCGCCGCCAGAACUGGAAGAGCCCACCGUCGCAGUCGCCCCCUCCGAUCGGGGCGCGGACGCUAACGGCGACGUCGCCGCAAGCACGACGUUUCAGUUGAUGACGCCGCCGGCGCCCCCAGAGGCUGACGCUGACAACGACGUCGCCGAAAGCACGAUGAUUCAGCCGAUGCCGCCGCCGCGGGAGGUUCCCCCAGAGGCGGACGCUGACGGCCACGUCGUCGACAGCAUGACGAUUCAGCUUAUGCCGCCGCCGAGGGAGGUGCCCCUGGAGGCGGACGCCUGCGGCGACCUCGCCGACAGCACGACGAUUCAGCUGAUGCCGCCGCCGCGGGAAGGGCCCUUGGAGGCGGACCCGGAAGAUGACGGCGACUUCCCCGAAAGCACGACGAUACAGCUGAUGCCGCCGCCGCGGGAGGCCCCUCCCGAGGCGAACGCUUGCGCCGGCCUCGCCGAAAGCACGGCGAUACCAUUGAUGCUGCCGCCGCGGGAGGCGCCCGCAGAGGGAGCCGACCCCCCCCUCGGUGAGCUCGACGGCGGCACCACGGCCCCCUCCGUGGAGCCAGACGGCGAUAGCCUCGCGCCGCCGAAGGCGCCAGAGCCGCCGGUGGCGGAGGAGCCUUGCGGGGGGGCUGGCCUCGCCCUGGGCGUGGAGCACGGCAGCGGCCAUGCCGCCUCUUCCGUGAAGCCGGACAAGCUGCCGGAGCACACGCCGCUGGAGAAGGCCAGCAGCGGGACGCACAGCGACUGGCUUGUACCGCUGACGCUGCCCCAACAGCUGCCUGUCCAGGAGCCGUCCGAGGCAGGCAACGGUGCCGCCGAGGGGCCGUGGGCGUCUCCCACCGCGACGGGGCAGGCGCCGCCACCCGCGCCAAUCUCGCCCACCGGCCCCAUGAGCGCCGCCCCCGCCGAGGCCCUGACGCCCCCGGCCGCGCUCGCAGUGGAGCCUUCUCUGGCCUCGGCUGGAGGCUGGAGCCCUGGCGACGCCGCCGGCGCCGAGGGCGGCGACCUCACGGGGGCCCGCCAAGCGGUGCCCAAGGCCGUGGCGGGCAGCAGCCGAAGGAGGGCCUCGUCCAGAGCACGGACCGCAGGCGGCGGCCCCCGGCCGGGCACCGCAGGAGAGCCGGCGCCCAGCAGCGAGGCGGUCGGGUGGGCCGGCGGGCCUGCCGAGCGGGAGGAGUCGUACGUCAUGGGCCCCGCAGCCUCCUCCGGCCCGGCAGGCACCGCCCCCCCCUCUGGCGACGGGCGCCGCUGGGGCAGCUGGACGACAGCCUGGUUCGGCCCCUGCUCGGUCUCCACGGGCCCGAGAGGUCCUGCAGGCGCAGCACGGCUGCCAAGAGCCAGCCGGCACCCAGGAGCCUCUGCGGCCGGCAGCGGCUCGACGUGCGGCAGGCCUUCAACGCCCGCGAGCUGGGGGCCGCGCAGCUCAUGCGCAGGUACGACGUGGACAGGAGUGGCGUGCUCGAGCACGAGGAGCUCAGGCACCUGCUCGAGGACUGCAAGGGCGGCGCUCCAGCCAGGGAGCACGACGUGAGGAGCGUGCUGCGGAUCGCGGACGCGGACCACAAUGGCAAGAUCUCCUCCGACGAGGUGUUGCCAGCUGUAAGGGCAUGGUACGCGUUCAACUACAUGCCCAAAUCGGUUGGUGUCAGCCUUACCCGGUAUGGUAUCGGCGAUGGGCCGUUGCCAUCGGUGCAGCUCUUGAAGGAGUUGCUCGAGACGCUGAACGAUUCCCUCCCUGUGCCCGAGGAGGAGGUGAUGCACGUGAGGGAGGUGGCGAUAGGCCUGGGUGCCACCGAGGCGCACGUCUCCGUAGAGCAGAUCCGCAUGGCGAUUGCGACCUGGUACAUGCACGUGGAUCGGGAGGAGACAAGCCGGGCGCAGCUGAUGGGCCAUGCGCACAACUCCAUCGUGCGGGGCAUAUCGGAUCGCCUGGCCGUGGCGCUCCACGGCGGCGCUGGCGGUGACACCGCACGGUUCGCCGGGCCCAGGCAGGAUCGCCCGGCGAGGCCCCUCGUAGAGCUGUGGCCCGUGGCGCUCCUGGGCUCGCUGUCCCUGGCGCUCUCGGCUGCGACGGUGUGGGUGGCCAAGAGGUACCAGAGCGAGACCUGCGAGGAGUCGCUGAACUACAUCCUCUACUGGACAGGCGUCGUCUCCCUGCUGACCACUCUGUGCGCAGGCGUCGCAGAGGUCUCCCGCCAGCGCGCGUGCGCGCAGGUGGCGUGCUUCAUGCUCUCCCCGACGCUCCUGCUGGCGUGCGUGCUGCUGGGCGAGCUCGUCACGGGCCUCUCCUGGACGGUGCGCAGCUCCCCCAGCCAGUGCGGCGUGGUGCUGUGGGAGAUGUGCAACGUCGUGUACAAGGUGGUGCCCGCGCUGUCGCUGGCGACCAUGCUGUGCGGGCCCUGCUGCGCGUACUGCGUCCUGCACGGCGCCGCGGUGGCGGAGCUGCGGCACGCCGAGGAGGGCCUGAGGGAGCCUUGAGGCCGGCCCUGGGCGCCUCGGGCCCUGUGCGGCGUCUCGUCGGGAAGCCGAGAAGAGUGUGCCUCGUGUGUCGGAGACAGGGGCUUCCUCCCCUCCCCAUCUUCUGGGACGGUGGCCAAUUCGCUACCACGGCGGCCCCCGUCUAGUUGGCUCAUCCGCCUGUGCAGACGACCCCUGCCUAGCCGCCGACGAAAAAGUGUCGGAUACCGGGAUCGAACUUCGGCGGCCUCGCCCAGCCUGACUUUGACUCUGCGAGCGCUCAAGAGGCUCCCGCCCCAGCUUGCGUGCGACG